GAAACUCAUUUACUACGCGCUGAUCCGUCGACCGGCACGUGCGGCGACCUUUCCUUUCCCUCGCGCAGUAACACAGUGACCGUUGCGCACACGCGGCGUCGCUCUCUCUUUCUAUCAGCAUCUCUCCAUCCAUUAUAUCGUGUACGGCACGCAUACGUCCUCUCGAUCGCACAUCACGCCGACGAGAAUCCGUUAAUAUCAAGACCGAUCGCCAUGGCGGAGGAGUAUCUUUACGGAAUCACCCUCACGGGAGCGGACGCGGAAGAGACAUGGGACCCGGAACACAAGAACGACGACUCGGACACGGCCCAGCAUAUUGGCGCCGAUCAGAAGCUCAUCAUAAAGAUGGCUUUGCUGGGACCAGAAGCCAAACCUGGCGAACUCAAUGUGCUGCAGGUAGAAGCAAUGGGUUUGAAAGGACCCAUCAAAACGCCAAUUGCCUUGUUGGAAAUGGGCAAAACGGUGCAGAUUAUUCUUGAUCUCAGUUUCCCAGAUCCUCCUGUUACAUUUAAAUUGGUUAAAGGCAGUGGACCGGUUCACAUAGUAGGACAUAAUCUCCUUGGUGCGCAUAUUGAAGAGUUUGACGAUAUAGAUGAUGAGAUGGAAGAAGAAAACAUCGAUGACGAGGAUGACGAGAAGGCACCGCAAAAGAAACGAAAGCUUUUAGCAGAGGAUAAAAAAAACGGAAUUAAACGGAUGAAGAUAUAAACAAAUAGAACGUUAAGAUAAUGAAAAAAUAUAACCAGUGCUAUAUAAUUAAUGUCUUCUAACAAAUACGACAUCAUUGCACUAAAAAUAUUUUGAAUUUUACUUGACUUUAAUCAUAUUUUUAAGAUAUCUAUGAGGAAUUACAAUUUAAAAAAUGGAAAAAGUGGAGGCGCUCCACUUAAAAAUAGUCAUGAAUGUACUUUUUAUCUAUUAUAUCUGUGUUCUCAUUCCAUGUUUGUUUU